UGGAAGGUUGCACACUGCCGCGGAGUAAGACCAAAGCACAUGUCCAAAUCGAAUCGUCCUUUUCUUGCAUAGAUUCACAAAAGGGGGGUAGUACAUCUUUAAAAAAAAUUCUCGAGCCCAACACGGUCCGUUCGAUAAAAUUGUAGGAUUGUAAACCCAACCUCAUUCACGUUCGGAGAGCCGCUAUCUGUGCACAGAUAGCUAGUUGGCAUCGAUGGUCUUUCUGUGAAUGAUUAUUGCUGGGAGUCUGGUUGAAUGCGAAUCACAUGACACUACCCGAGGCAGAGAUUGAGAGGAAAAGCGCUUCGUCUCCGUUUGCACCGCCAUACUGUAUUUUACCCAUAUCCCAUUUUUAUUGCAACAUUUUACUCUCGCUCGGGAAGGCCCUCAGAGGAGAAUGACCGGGAAGAGUCAGACCAGCAACGUGACCAACAAGAACGACCCCAGGUCGCUCAACUCCAGAGUGUUCAUCGGCAACCUCAACACGGCCAUCGUCAAGAAGACGGACAUCGAGGUCAUCUUCGCCAAGUACGGCAAGAUUGUGGGCUGCUCCGUGCACAAGGGCUUCGCCUUCGUCCAGUACAUGAGCGAGAGGAACGCGCGCGCCGCCGUUGCCGGGGAGAACGCCCGCGUCAUUGCUGGGCAACCGCUCGACAUCAACAUGGCCGGGGAACCAAGACCCUACCGGCCCAAAGUGGGACCCAAACGGCCGCUCUCUGCCAUUUACAGUGGCUAUGAAUUUGACUAUGACUACUACAGGGAUGAUUUCUACAGUCGGCUGUUUGACUAUCACGGGCGGAUUGCGCCCCCACCCCGGGCCGUGAUCCCGAUCAAGCGCUCUCGAGUGGCUGUCCCGUCCACGCGCAGGGGGAAGACCGCCUUCUCCGUGAAGAUGUCCGCCUCCUCCUCGCCCAGACAGGCCAUCUCCAGCUCCUCGUCCACCGGACCGAAAUUGAAGACGGACCAGCUCCAGACCAUCAAACAGGAGCUGUCACAGAUCAAAGUGAAGAUCGACUCCCUGCUGGUCAGACUGGAGAAGAUUGAGAAGCAGCAGCGAGCCGAGGCCGAGAUGCAGAGGAAGUACGAGGACCGGUACGAGACCCACCACGAGUCCGCGUCCGAGGCGGCGGAACAUUCCGGAGAGGAGGCGGGGGAAGGGGCGCUGGAGACAGAGGCCGGCGAGAUGACCGACGGGGGCGAGGAUGACUACGACGACGAAGGCAGCACUGAUCUGAUCGAGAACCAUGUAUCAGACAUAGACAACUGAAAAAGGGAGAGAGGAGGAAUCGCCACAUGCUGCGAGAGCAGGAACGAGCAGCGCAAACUGCAGAGCCACAAAACGGUUUCUUCAGAUGAAGGGAGUGUGGAAUCUGACCAGAAAUAAUCAAAAAAUCUUUCUGUGAAGGAGAAGAGACCACCAAACAGGACCUGGAUUUCCUUCUAAAAAUGUGACAUUUCACUGCCCAAAGCGGUCUGGCUCACCGGCAAAUUAACCGAAAAAAGACACCACAACGCGCUUUUUCCCCUGUGAAAAUGUUUUUACAAGUCAGACUCAACAUGCCUCUGUGGUUUUACACGCUAUUGUUAUUUAUUUGUAUGUAAGAAAAGAUAUGUUAUGCACACCAUUAGAAUAUGAAUUAAAGAGCUCCCCCACUGUGUAGUUCAAGGCUGCUGUAUGGAUUUACUUGAAAUGCUUUAUUUCCUGGCAGUUUUGUGUGUUAACAGCUUUGCUGACUUGUCCUUGGCUUUCCCUGAAUAUUUAGCCCAUUUAUUUGACUUAUUUUGUUUUAUACCCCUCAUACAAAUGAAUAUUUUUAGCCUAUGAAAUGACAAGGAUAUUAGGGUGAUGAGGACACAGUUUGUUGGUGAUAUUAUCAAGGAAUGUUCCUUAUGCAGUACAACACUAAUUGUCUACUGAACUGCCCUAGCUGCACUGUACAUCUGGCAUUCUAAUUGAGACCAAUAUGGUGUUUUCCAUUAGAGCUGAUGAGUUUGGUCCUACUGGGUUCAAUUUUGCUGACACCUGAACACCUUUUUUUCAGGUACCAUCUACAUCCUCCUUAACAGAUGUUUUCAAAUAAGUGAGCAUAUUUUGUGUGUUUGAUAGAAGCAUGAUGUUUGUGCUUUUGUCAGUUUUACUUUAGAGAACCCACACAAUGGUGGUGGCAAAUGGCACUCAUGGUGUGAACAUUCGUUGUGCUCAUUUUAAAGAGUGAACUAUGAAUUUUUUUGAUUUGUCAGCAAAGCCAUGCUACCUGGUUACAAUUAUAUAAUGUUAAAACGGUUUCUACCUAGAGCAUGUUACAGAACAAGAACAUAUUUUUCUGCUUGAUUCAACCCAGUGCAGGCCCAAGUUUACAGUCAUACCUGGCACUGAGCUUACCCCCAGCUUACUGUCAGCCAAAUUCACCCUGGACAGGCCUCCUGGUUGCCCUGAGGAUAGGUGGUAUGUAGCCAAGGUUGGUCAGUGGAACUGCAGCAGGUGUCCUUGGGCAUUAAUCCGGUUGGUCAUGGAGGUCCACCCGUGCCUGUUUUCUAAGGUGCCAGGCUUUUUGAUGGAGGUGUCCAUGGUGACUGGUACCCUUCUGGCCAUCUGAAUGGAUGCUGUCUCUCGCCUCUCAUGGAGUCUGCCGAACAUCUGUCACAUCCGUAAGGCCAACCAACCCCCCCACCAAAACCUUUCCACAUUCCAAAUCCAGACCCUACCAUUAAACCUAGUAGACAUACAGUAUGUAAAUCACUCUGUGCAGAAAAUAUGAUGUAAGAAUUUCAGGGCUUGCACAGUUUAAAUGCCCCCAAAACAAAUGUUUUCUUCUUGAUGUUUCAGUCUGAGCGGAGAAAAACAUCAAAGCAAAACAUUUUUUUGGAAGCACUAAUAAUUUGCCAGCGUGGUAAAUCGAAAUGCUCUUGCCACUAAUCAGGCCUCUGUACAGGCAAGGCCUUAAUCUAGCCUUGAUUUUUUUUUUUUUUUUUUUUUCAGCUUGUAUUAUUUUUAUUUUAUACAUGUAUUUUUGUUUUAUUAUUAUUAAUAGUUUCAGUUACAACCAAACUCAUUAUGUCAGGCAAGACAAUAAAAAGUUCAAUUAUUUAGUCGGUUUCAUUAAGGAAUAACUGCCAAGCCUGCAUGUUGGAUGUGUUCCAAAGUCAUAACGGAGAUUGAGGCCUCAGUACUGUCUGAAUCCUUCGGACAGCUGGAGCCAUUUGCUUCCGAGGAGGAAACACCGGAGUAGAUCUUUAUUCAUAUUCCCAGUUGAGUGUGAAGAAUCUCAUUCCUGAAACCCAGGUGCUUGAUAACUCAUUUGAUCCUGAGAAAGGAACAGAUACAUGUCCAUGUUAGUUAGUCUGUUUUUUUAACGGUCACGGCAAAUCUGUUUGCAAAGAUGGCUAAAAUAUUACAUUGAGCUCUCUAUUUUUGUAUGCUUGAUUUCCCUUGGCGAAAGUGUUAUUAUUAAACCGAUAGGCCUCCUGGCUUCCAUUGUUUUGGUUUUUUCAUUUUUGUUGUUGUUGUUCCUUCUGAAUGGUAAAUCAUUUACAAUGCAGAGCACUGCAUCACUUGGGAAAUGAAAGCAGUGUGUUGGAACAAUAGUAUGCGUCAUAAAAGAAAGACAAUGAGAUGCUUUUAGGAGAGUGUUGUUUUCCGAGACUAAACUACAAAUGCCAACAUCUCAGAAUCCCAAGCCUGUACACAAUUGAAGAUUAUGGGUUUAAUAGAAGUGUACAAUGUCCAAUCAAAGAGGUUUAAUUAAGUAAACAAAUGAUGUUGUACAGAAAUGUAAAAAAAAAAUUGUAAAUCUAUUUUUUAUGAUGAGCAUGGUGUUGAAAGUGCUGUUAAAAUGUGUUUUAUUUGUAUUGAAUAGUUUUUGGCUGUUGUAUGGCUGUAGGCUCUCUCUCUUGAGUAGAACAGAGAACAAUUAAAGUGCUCUCUAUGUAUGUUCA